UUGUCUAACUUGUCUCUCCUCAGAUGCCACCAUGCCCGUUCACAGCUUCUUUUCUUUGCUCUUUCUGCUCCUUUGAUGUUCAAGAGCUGUGCAGUUUGCCAAGAGAUAAAAGUAUUUUCUCCAGACUAAGAGACUACCGGUGAAGACCUGCAGCUCAGACAUGAAGCGCUCCGCUCUCAUAAUCCUGAUGAUCAACAGCUUGUGUGCCUUUUCGCAAAUUCCCAAUGAAUUUGAAUAUGUUGUGGGCUGCUUUGAAAAUGAGAAAACUGAAGUUCAGUAUGAGUUCAAUGGAGAGGAGCUUCUGUACGUGGACUUUGACAGAGAGGAGAUUGUUUACACUCUACCCAGAUUUGUUACUGAUGACCCAAGCAAGCUAUUUGAGAAUGUGAAAGUAUUUCAGAAUGCUAAUAAAAACAAGGUCGCAUGUUCAGCAAUUCUUACACUCUUCAAAGCGGAGGAGAAAAGUCCACCAGAAGAAAAGGACCCCCCUCAGAGCAUCCUCUACACUUCAGAAGAAGUCCAGUUGGAAGUUGAAAACACCCUCAUCUGCUUUGUGAAUCAUUUCUUCCCACCUGAUAUCAACGUCAGCUGGACCAGAAACGGCCACCUGGUGUCCGAGGGGCAGUCACUCAGUCGAUAUUAUCCCAAUAACGACCACAGCUUCCACCAGUUCACCACCCUGACCUUCACACCAAAGAAGGGAGAUGUUUACAGCUGUACUGUUGAACACUCAGCUUUGGACAGGCCGAUAACAAAGAGCUGGGAACCUGAAUUCAGUCAUCCCAGUCUUGGACCAGAUGUUUUCUGUGGAGUGGGCCUGACUCUGGGCUUGGUGGGAGUCGCAGCUGGAACUUUUCUAAUGGUUAAGAGACACCAUGGACAGUAAUUUAGAAGAUACACAUGAAACCUAUGAUGAUGCUGCACAGGCAUUUUACACACAAAAAUAAUGUUUGAGUGCACUAUUAUUCAUCUUUUAAACUGUGACUUGGCUUGAGAGAGGUUUGACAAGUAGGCCUGCUGUGACCUAAUGAAGAAUUAAAUAAAUGAAUAUUAAAUAAUCAGUUUGCAAAUGCACUGUUCCAACACAUUACCUAAACACACACGUGGCCACACCUUGAUACCCUGUUCGGAUGCUAGAUUAUGUUGUACUUCUUAAGAGAGUCACAUUUUAUGGAAUAAAUGACGUAUUCUCAGCCGUUAAAAAUUAAAUGCUGAAAUUAUAAGCAAUGAAAAACACGUCUACUCUACAAUGUACACUCGAACCUAAACUAGAUAAAUAUGUAUGAAGUUACUGAAUGUUAAUAAAGAAAGUUGUCUAACUUUUUUGAAAUGCA